UCUUUUCCAGCGGGUGCAGUGAAGAAUUUUUUCCUAUUUAUUAAUUAGUGAUAAAAGCGAUUAAAAUAAUCCAAUAUUUUGAAUGUAGUGUGUCGCAGACAUAAAAUUAACUUAGCAUAACUUUUCAACUUAUAUUUCAAAAGUACAUUCACGAAAAAAAUUAUUCUGAAGAGCAAGUGAAAAUUUGCUGACGGCUGUAAGAGCAAGUGGAAAGAGGGCGACGCAAAAAACGGAUACAGCAAAAUCUGGACAAACAAGGCAACACAGCUUUGAACCGGCAAGAUGCGCUCAUAAAACGCCGAUUCUUCGGAGGCUUUAUUUCUUAAGUAUUUAAUUUUAUGUUGCAGAUACCGCAGUAAUGACGUUGGUAAAAAAAAAUAAGGCGUACGGUAAAAAAAUAUAAAAUAAGGCGUACGGUGAAAAAAAUUAACUUUAACGCGUUUUUGUUGCUGCGCGACACUAGCGAAUACGCGAGAUUAGGCAAUUUCCCUUUUUCGGGAAGUGAGUUUCGUUUAAAGUGAAAUAUUACACAUUAUAAUAAAAGAGUUCGGAAAAAAAAAUUGUUUAAACAUGAAUCCGAACUAUAUAACUCGGGCUUUGUGUUUCCAUGGUCAACCCAUGCAAAAGAUUUGGGAGGAUGAGCGCGGCGCUGGAAACAUACAUCAGUGCGGUGUGCCCGCCCAACCCGACUACUCCAUAUAUCAGGAACGUCAAAAGAAUUUUACGUUUCAAGACCGUGCAAAGCGACUUAAGUUGCAUCAAUUCUUUGCACGCAAGGCCCCCGAUUUGUAUGAUACGGAGCUAACCAGCAACAAAGUGCCACUCGAGAAAAUCCUUGAAAAUGAGGAGCACGUAUCUUCACUACCACCAUACGAACUCUUCGUAAAUAAAAAUAAGGACAAACAAAAGAGUUGUCAUUGUGUGCUGGAAGCUAUAAAACCCGGCGAUAUUAUUUAUUGCCUGGUAACAAAGCCCGCUACGAAUAUGGUAAAGCCCCUAUGCAUUGGAGAACCGAUGGUGCGCUAUUUAAAUGAUGUACCAAUAAAGGCUUACUUGACAAAAGCCGAUUUGGAUAGCAACGGCAAACCGCGUAUUUUCAACAAAAAUGAUAUAGUCCGUUGCGAAGUAUUAGAAACGUCGAUAGAUGCUGAACGAAUUUAUUUGAGUUUAGAUAGUAUCCAUGAAAAAAAUAAGGGUGUUACUCUGGGUGUUGUGACACAAGCAGAAUUGCCAAAAUUCUACCGCCAAAUCGAUCAGAAUAAGGUGAAGAGUUUCGAGGAAUAUAUGCUUAAUUCCAAGGAAUUUCUAAAUCCGAACUAUGAUACGCUCUAUGAGAUCAAUGGGUUAGAUGUGAAAGAAACAUUCACUUUUAUGUCUUCGUUAAAAUAUCCCUUUCCUCGCGAUGGUUACGCCAAGGAACUACGUUGCACGCAAGCGAGCAAGUGGGCAUUUCGCUCGGUUGCCGAAGGCAUUGAGCACUUUAAGAAUGGAAAUCACGUAGAGGCGUUUCAAUGCCUAAACAAAGCUCUCUCCAUAGACCCGCGUAAUGUAGAAGGUCUGGUCGCGCGUGGAGCACUUUACGCCAACAAGGGCUCAUUUCUUAAAGCAGUGGAUGAUUUCGAAAAGGCACUUAAACUUAACGCUUACCAUGUGAAUGCACGUAAAUAUAUGGGAGAGACAUUAGUGGCACUUGGACGUCGUUAUGAGGACGAGAACCGCAUAAAGGACGCAACAAAAGCUUAUCAGGAUUGCUUAAACAUUAUUCCGAAUCAUGAGCAAGCGCGCUUAUCGCUUGAGGCUAUUCAGCAACGUACCGGUGGUCAAUAUUUUGAGAAUCUAAUGUGUACGCCAGGUGAAGAGGAAGUGGAAAGGGAAAAAAUCUCUAUACCCGAUUCGUCGAGUGACGAUGGCUCAACGUCCAGUGGCAGCGGUUCCGAAACUGACCAUUCGGAUAAUGAGGAAAAUGGCAAAGAAGGUUCACUCUCACCACUCAGCAAGCGUAUGGCUCUGCAUGUUGCCAGCCUACAAAAAGAGGAGGAGACAAAGAAACAACUAAACCAGCCAUUUUAUAUGACUGCAUAUAAUGUGCCUCCUGAUCCAGUAGUAGCAACAAGAGAUCUCAAUGAAUUCCGGCUGGACGAUGACGACACUGGUUCACGGGUGCGCAAGUUAUUGCAAGAAGCCUCCAAACAUAAGAAGGAAAAAAAGAAAACAAAAAAGAAAAAGAGCAAAAAAUCCAAAAAAGUUGGUCGCAAGGAAAAAAACGCUGCUACAAUAUUAAGCAAGAUAAAUUUUCAAGAGGCCUACAAAGCGAUCAGCAGCAUGAAUAUCGAAAAUAAGCUUACGGAAAAUUUGCAAAAAUAUGAAAAAACAAUUGCUGAAAUCAAAAAGCGACAAAAUGAGUUGGUACAAUCCAUAGAAGCCGGCAUGUCAGAACGCCAACUUUCUGAAACGCCCCCACCCCGUGCCCCCUCGAUGCGAUUGCCCAGUCAGAUGGCACCCAGUUAUAGCGCAUCCUCGAUGUAUUCUACCUACCCAAGUACUUCGGCGGCCGCUUUAGCGUCAUCAAAGGAAGCGCCAAAAUUAUCGUUCCAAAUUAAGCGGCCUGUUACAGUGGACAAAUUUGGUUUGUUACGCAUUGCUACCCCAUUAGCACAGAGAAGUCUCUCACCGCGUUCUCGUUCCCGUUCUCGUACAUCCUCACGGGGACGCCGUCGACGUAGCCGUAGCCGCAGCCGACGUCGUUCACGAUCACGAGAUCGUCAUAGUCGGCGCCGCUCUCGUUCGCGUUCAAUUACGUAUAGUGGACGCAGACGUGAUUCCCGAAGCAGACGGUCCUCACGCUCAAGAUCACUAAUCCGCCGUUCACGUUCACGUACUCCGCGCCGUACGCGUUCACGUUCGCGUCGAGGUUCAACCUCACCACGUGGUUAUGGUAAACGACGUGAAGCCUAUCGUGGCGGCACCAGGGGACGAAGACCUUCACCACCACCACGUCGGCGUUCAAUUUCACCCUUUGGCGAUAUAAAGCAGGGCAGGCCAAAAAAGGCCACCCGUGGUGGAAGGGGAGCAGCACGAGGCGGCGUUUUUGGAAAUCGUGUAUGGCGUCGUGAAGAUCCAAAAGAUGGACAAGAUUCAAAUGGACGUUGGCUGCACGAUAGAUUUGAUGAAAUUAAUAAACCAAGCAAAGCAGAUGACGGGCCAUCAAUUGAAGAAAUCGAUGAAAUCAUCAAUAAAGCACAAAAGGAACGUAAACAGGAAAUUAUACAACGCGACAAGGAUAUAUUAAAAAAGCCAACAGGCGGCCAAUUUUAAGCUUGGUAUAAAAUAAAAAUAGUUGUACGUAUGUAGAUAAGCUUUACAAUAAAAAUACAUACAAUACAUACAUAUACGCAAAACAAUACAACACGUACAUAUGUACAUUCGUAGUUACUAAUCCAUCCCCAUUCGUACUUUAUUCUUCAUAGCUUGGUGGCGAAAGUGUUGUGUAUUUUGAAGAAAUAAAUACAAUAAAGUUUGCAUAAACGCAAAGUUAAUAAACAAA